UUGAACCGAUACUCCUACUACUGUCAUAUGCUAUGAUUUUGUUUCAGAGAUAAUUGUAAGGAGUAGUCAGUUUUAGAUAAAAACCCUUCCUUUCCUUUCCUUUUCACUGUGAGUAGUCAACUCAACUCAGUCUUUAAGUCAAGACUUUCUUCUUCGUUUUCAUGUUCACCCUUUUCUUCAGUUUCGAGCAACACUCUUACUCUACUACUCACACACACACAGUUUGUAGAAAUGGAGGGUUUCACCGAAGGUUCCACAGUCGAGGUCUGGAGCAAGGAAGAUGGGUUUCAGAACGCCUGGUUCUCCGCCGUACGUCAUUCUCGAACCACCAACCCAUACUCUCACUCCUUCUCUCUCUCCCGUCAAGAAGAAGACGAAGCGUACCAAAAACGACAACUCAAAGGUCGUCAUUCGAUAUCUACACAUGCUCGCCGACGACGGCAAGGAGCUUCUUUUGAGAAGAUCGACAGAUUUUUCGUCAGGCCAACUCCUCCUCCUCCUGACACGGAGCCCGAUAAGCCAUUUGCGCAAAACGACGUCGUUGAUGCCUUCCACCACGAUAUCUGGUGGACCGGAGUCAUCAUCAACGUCGAAAACGACAACUAUACUGUUCGCUUCGCCAUCCCAUCUGAUCUUCUCUACUGCAACCACUCUCAGCUCCAACCCCACUGGGAUUGGGUCGAUAAGAAAUGGGUACGGUCUGGAAAACAGGAAAUUAAGUAUUCGAAAUUCAGACCAGGAACAGGAGUAGAAGUGAAACUGAGUACUGAAAAUGAGGGGCUCAACUUCUGUUCUGGUGAAGUAUAAGACGACAAAUAAAGAUAUGGCCAAUGGAGAGAUCUAUAACCAUAAAGAGUUGAGGAAGCAUCUUCCCAGCCACAAGUUCCGGACUGGUAGUGACUGAAGUUAUUUCACAUUUGGUACGUGAAAAAAAUUGUGAAUACUAAUUAGACUCCUUUCAUGAUUUAUGUAUGUAUAUAUAUAUAAAUAUAUAUAUGUAUGGAGAUUCUCUAGGUUCUCAUAGAUGGAGUGUGUUCAUUUUUAUCUGUUAUUUUUUUUUUUUGGUGUAGUAUGAGGUUCUCAUCAUAAUCACCUUUUUAACUUUCUCA